AUGGACAAUUCCACCAGCUCUGGUGACCUAGCCAAAGAAACUUAUAAACUAGGAAACACUCUCUUUCCAAAAAUGGUUUAUGGAUGUUCGAAAAACAACAUUGGCAUGUACCAUCACACCGUUGCCGGCAUUGCUGGGUUUGGACCUGGGCCUAACUCAUUAAUAAGUCAGCUUGGCCAUAGAGCCGGCGGUAAGUUUGCGUACUGCUUAGUUCAUUAUUCGAAAGAACAUGCAAGAAGCAAGAUCAGCUUCGGGGCUAGCGCGAUCGUGUUUGGGCGCAGCACCCCGCUGGUAGCCAGUUAUGUCACAUUGGAAGGGAUUAGUGUCGAAAAUAUGACAUUUCCCAUCAUGGUUGGUCAUGAUAAAAUUUAUACGAGAAUUCCUUUUAGGAGUCAUGCCUGGUUAGAUACUGGCUCUUUACUAUCUUAUUUGCCGACGGAUUUGUACCAACAAUUGGAGAAUGCACUAAUCAGCGUGAGUAAACUCGUACCAAUUCAAUAUGGCAUUUUCAAACAUUGUUACACGAGCUAUCCAAACUUUCCUACUAUCAUUUUCCAUUUUUCGAAAGGGGCUGAGUUAGUUUUUACGAUGAGAAAUACAAUCCUUAAAAAUAACGGUUUAUGGUGCCUUGCAAUAAAAUCAACCAAUGAUGAAAUUAUAACAAUUGGGAGCUUGUUACAAAUGGAUUACAUGAUUGGAUAUGAUCUUGAGAAUGGGAAUGUUUCUUUUAUGGCAACUGAUUGUUUAAAUCAUUAA